UACCGUCAUCUAUACUGCGGCCACCGUUCUCCAGAUCGAACGUGUCCACUGGCACCACUGCCGCGUCGCUGUCUCCGCGGUGUUCCCACACUCUGACCACAGCGCAUAUUAAACGGCGUCGCCGAUCAUUUUUAUCAUUUUUUUUUUGUCAUCUCGUCGUUUCAAUACGAUAAUAUUUCCAAUAUUAUUUCCGGUCGCGUCCGGACGUUUUCGACAUCCGCACCGACGGAACGCCGCGGAACUUGGUCCGAUCGACGAGCGCGCGCGAUCGACGAAAGCGCGGCCGGAGACGUAGCCGGCCGCCGCCGCCGUCGCACAGACUACGCUCUCGUCCGCCGUCGACGCGACCGCCGUUAUAUUUAUUAUUUUUUUCCCGUCGUCGUCGCCGCCGCCGCCGCCGACGUUGUUGUUGUUGUUUUUCGCGCGCGCGAGCUUAGCAGCCGACACCGGCACAGCCACGGUAGUCGUUCCCCGCGCAGGGCGCACCGCGUUCGGCGUUUUCAAAACACCGUUGGUUUCCCGCGCUAUUAUCCCGACACCACGCGAUUCCGCCGCCGCGCCGGCUCCGAUCCGCCACGAAAACCCGAACUUUUUAAAUAAUAUAAUUUUUUUUUUUUUCCCCGACAAUUCCUCCGGUCCGUCCCGCCAGCUUCCGGAAAAACCUCUGCCCCGGCCCCGCAGCCAAAACCGCGGUUUUCCCGCGCCAUGAGACGGUGCGCGGCCCCGUCGUGCCCGCAGGACAACCGGCAGUGGUAAUAGUGAACAAUAUAAUAUUAUCGUAAAACGAUAAAAUAUAUUGGGCCGCAGUAAGAGCAUAUUACAAUAGCGAACACCACCAGAGCAGUACCGGAGACACGGGCGUGCGAGCGGUGGCACUUUGACCGGUUGAAAAGGAUCUGCAAACGGCCCCAAAACGGAACACAUACGCAAAGUCAUGGGUUGCGUUCAGUCGCUAUUCAACUCUUCCAAAUCGAGGAGUCCGUCACCGGAAAAGGGAUUCGAACUGCCCACGUUCGAGACCAUGCCCGUGACGCGACAACCGAAAAAAUCGUACAACACGGGAAUAUCGGUGGCCGACGACAGCGUGCACAGCGACGUGGAAGAAGACGACGUGGACAACGACGAAGACGACGACGAUGACGACAUCGGCUUCAGGUGCGAUGACUUCGACAGAUACGCGAUGGAGGUGGACGGCGAUCUGCACUCGCUGCACUUCGUGGAGGCGACGGCCUGCACCACGCUGGCCGCCAACUCGGGAACGGUGGCCAUACUGGGCACGACGGCCAAGUGCAAAUCGGCGGACGCGUCGCCGGCCAACAGGCAGCGGCCGCCGCUCGUCGGGUCCAUGUCGCAGCCCAUGAUGCUGGAGUCGCGCUUCGUGAAGGCGACAGCGGUGAGGAAGUUGGCCGCCGAAACCGGGACGAUAGCCGUGCUGAGCUCCACGACCGAGCCGGAACCGCAGUACGUGUGGGUGCCGGAAGAAGAGGCCCACUUCAGCGGGCGCAUGGCCGCCUGCAGGGCGGGUCCGUCGGGCGUGCAGUCCAUGGACGCCGGUCCGUCGUCGUCCACCCAGUGGCCGCUGCAGUGGCCGGUGGCCGGUGACUCGAAGAAGAGCGAAAAUCUCGACCGCAUACCCGUGGGCGUGAUCGAAGUGUUGGACUGCGAACCGGCGGACCAGUGCCGUCCGACGCCGCCGAAAGCUCGGCGGUUCCCGCGGGCGAAGCGGGCCACCCGCGACAAGCACAUCCCGUUGCCGGUCAUACACGCGAUGGAAAUGAAACCCAACGCGCUCGGCCACGACGAUCGGUUCAAGACCGUUACGGUGCAGCCGCCGUCGUCCGACAGACACGGAUAUCGUCCGCGCAUGGCCGCCGGAAGCGCGACGUUCGACUCGUCGUCCCGGAAACCGUUCGUCCGGCAGUCCAACGAGACUAGAGAGCACAAGUUCACCGAAGACGACUACGCGGCCGUUACGGACUGGAUGGCCAACAUGCCGGUGUUCGCCAAAUGUCCGCCCGCCAAGUCGAAAAGUCUCCCUUCCCGGGAUCCAAUACCUUCGAGUACAUCAAGAUCAGAAGGGACCGAUGAUAGACAGCACGGUGUUCUUCGAGGGUCAUCAUUGCCGAAUGAUAACAGCAGUGCAGAAUAUUCGUCGAAACCUGCCAAACGGAACGACAGCAAAAGGGCUAUAAUGAUACCGGUCGCAAUCGAAUCUACGAUGGUAAUACCAGAAGACAAAUCUGAUCCAUUCAGAAAAUCAGACACGGAAGACAAACCAGAUGAAACCCCCCAAAUUGAUGUAGUAGUUAAAUCAGAAAAAAACGAUGAAUCAGACACGAGUGACAAACAGAAUGUGAACAAUACACCUGACGAGAACAAAGAGUCUGAGGAUGACGUUCAAUCAGACGUGAAAGACAAAAAAGAUUUAGAAAACAUACCAGAAAUAGAUCAAAAAAAUGAACACCGCGUCGAAGAGGUGAAUGAUGGAGAUGUCGACGCGAUUAAUGCCAACGAUUCGAAAGAUCAGGUGCCGGAAUUGGACACUGAGUACCGUUUGACGAUGAUACAUAGCGUGCGUGAGGCUGUGAACAAGAUAUGCGAACAGGCCGUGGAGAGGACUGCAGCCAUAGUCAAAAACAGAGGUAUAAACAAGCGUAAUAGCAACUCCUCCUUGAUAGGAUCGCUCAAAGAUCGUGAUGCUGACAAUUCGGAAACAGCCGAUAACGCAAGUAGUGAAUUCUCAUUACCACCACCACCACCACUGCCGUCUCAACAACAUCUGUUAGACACGGGUUCAACGGGUCAAGAAUGGCCGCCACCUCCGACGCUUUCUGAAGCGGAAGAAGAGCGGACUAUAGCACCUGGCGGAUAUUCUUUUGAUUUACCGGAUCCACCAACAGAAAUGGAUCAGAUGGAUUCAGAGACAGACAAACUAGAUAUUUCUGACGAGGAAAUGAGAGCUACUGGCUUGCCCUCAGAUGACGAAGACAAUACGUCAGAAGCUGACAACGGAGCGACAGGAAACGAUACGAACGAAAUUUACAUCGUCGACGCCGUCAUGAAAUCGACGGCUAACGGCGGUGCGUCCGACGGAUCUGCAGUAGAUUCGUCGGCAAUCAAUGUUGAUGCGGUAGCCCACGCUGAUGAUCGUGCGGCUACCACCAUUCAGGCGGUAUAUCGUGGAUUCCGUGCCCGGAAGUAUGUGGAGGCUGUGAACGCAGCAGCGGUUAAGAUCCAAGCUGGUUUCCGGGGCUACCGGGUCCGGCAGUCAUUGAAGAACGCGGCCCCGUCCGCGGCCAUAGCUACCACCGACGACAGUCAGUGUUGGUCGGACGACGACCAAAAGUCGGUCGUGUCCGUCAUUUACGCGCCGCUCAAAGAGUACGGAAGCGAGCCGCGCGGCAGUGACGACGACGACGACGGCGGCGGCGGCGGCGGUGGCGACGGGCCGACUUCCGGUGUCGGCAGCGGUGACGACAGCGUCGACGGUGUCGCCGCUGUCGGCGGGGGUGAUGGUGAUGGCGGCGACGACGGUGCCGUCGACGGGGUUGGCGUUGGUGAUGGCCGUAGCGUUGUCGUCGGCAGUAUCGACGGCGGCCGUGUUGUCGGCGCAGGUGGUGUUGGCGGCACAGUUGGUGUUUACGUGGACGACGACGACGACGACGAUCAGCUGCAGACCGGCGACGACGAGGUUUUCGAGCGCGACGACAAAGACAACGGCGGCGGCGGCGGUAGUAGCGGUGGCAGCGGCGGCGUCGACGUCGGACUUCCGGUCAGGAUUCCGACCACCAUCACUCUGACAGCGCCGCCGGCGGACCAGAACGAGGUGUCCGCACCGGACGACGCGGCCGAAGCGGAAGCGCUGGUCCAAGCAGCCGUCAAGAUACAGGCCAGGGUUCGCGGUUUCGCGACCAGGAAACGCUUAAACGAGGAAAAGAAUGACGGCGCUGACGAGCAACAACAUUAAACGUGUCUCAAUAUAAUAAAAAACAAACAUGUCAUAACGUUAUACUAUAUAUAUAUAUAUGCAUCACACUCCUCGAUUUCAAAGACUAUAAACAGUUUUUGCUUCUUUUUAUCUCUCUCUCUCUCUUUCCGUGUCUCUCUCUCUAUAAUAUUAUAAUAAUAUAAUCCUUCAUCUGUCUAUAACGUGUCUACUUAUAUGUAUCCGUUGGACGCGCUGUCACUGUUGAUAAUAAUCCGACGUCAGUCUCGUAACGAUAAUAACAUAAUAUAAUAUUAUUAUAAUAAUUGAUUAAUAAUUUUCGCGCAAACGGGCGACAGACAACAAGAAUUAUUAAGCGUACGAAUUAUUCCAGUAUUUACUCUGUAUACGGUAAUUUCACGAUUGCUCGUACAAAAUAAAAUAUUGUGUACGAACCCCCCUCCACUCCACAUAAAAAAGAAAUAGUGCUUUUCAAAAAAAUAAACGCGUGCGUAGAUUUUAGAAUUUCGGAAAAUAUUCCGAUCUUUGUUUUUCGCUGUUUUUAGACGCGCGCGAACCCGAAUAAUAUCAUUAUUACAACGCGGCGGCAUUUUGAUUUCGUGUUUCCUUCAACACUGACACACGUCCUACCGCAAGCCACGCGUACCCAAAUCAAUUACAUGUACAAUACAUUGACUAUAACAUCCCGACAACUCACAUGAUAUUAAUAAUAAUAUGUUCAAUCAUAUUAUAUUUCUAGUUAACAACAAUAUGGUCUAUUGGUCCGAAAAUCGGCUAACACCCACUACGAUAUUAUUAUGCAGUCUGUCGCCCGAGAUUCGUUUUUUAAAAAUAUUUGCAUGUUUCAAUGUAUUCUAUUCAUUAAGUUUAUAAUAUUUAAUCGUUGCUCAUGCAACGAACUAAUUCAUUAAGUAGUGAACCUCAAUAUUCUGUUGUCUCGUUACUCUUUAUAUUUUGUCAAUGAUUCAAUGACACAAAUUAAGGUUAUAAACAAAUUUUGGACAACUCAGCGAAGAUAUUAUGAUUUGUAUGUCUAUCCGUUAUCCAUAUAUUUUAUAUAUGGCAAUUGUAUGUGGUUUAAAAAAUAUAGAACAUUAUACAUACCUAAAUUAAGUAAAUUAUAAUUCGAUGCUUUGUUAAAUGUUUUUAGAAUAAUUAAUCUGGCUAACUCAUCUAUUGUUUCCUUUAAGUUUAUAUUCAUAUUUAAACAUUAGUACCUAUCUGUUUAAUAUUAUACUAUCAAGUAUUCAUCUUAAAUUAUUGUUUUUAAGCAUUAUCUAAAUGUUAGAAAAAUAUAUUCUAUAGAUGUUAUUAGAUAAUAAAUUAUGUUCACUGUAAUGAUAAUAUACAUGAUAACAAAAAUGUAUUUUGGAUGUCGUUUUUAAGCGAAUAUUAGUUAGUUAGCUUAAAAUACGAACAUUAUAGAAAAUUAGUUAAAUUUUAACUUUUUAAUUUUAAUCCAACUCGGCAGACAUAGCUCUAUAAAUAUACUUAUAGCAACCUAAUUAAAUAUCAGUUGCUAAAUAAUUUUCAGUUUCUUGAGUGUUUAAAAUGUGUUAAGUUAAUCUAUAAUAAUAAAUCAACUAAAUGUAACGUGUAAAAAAAAAUUUAAGACAAAACAAUAUUAUUAGGAAUGAAAAAAAAAAGAAUUUAAAAAUUAAAUGUAAUAAUUUUCUGCAAAUGUUUAAUUACAUUAUGAUAUACUUUAUAAAUAUACAAUAUCAUUGUCAUACACAUCGUUCAUAAUAUGAUAACUAUUUUUCAAAUUUUAUUUGAAUACUUCAAUCAUAAGCCAUAAAAAAAAAUUUAAUUAUAUCACUGUAGAUAUAAUUUAAGAUUUAAGACUUCGAUUUAAUCAAUAAUAAAAAACUCAAACUUUUAUUUUACAUCAAUUCAUCAAAAACAAAAUAAACCAUUUUUCAAUAAAUGUUUAUUUUUUCUAUGAAUCCAUGACAUAUAAGUAUUAUAUUUUAGACUCAUUUUUUUAAUUCUAAUUGUUGAUGUUGCUUUUUUAUAACUAUUACAAUUUAUAAAAUCAAAAUAAUUAAAAAAUCCCAUCGACAAAUACUCAAUAACUAAUUGUCAGUAUAAUAAUUAUCUGUUAAUUUGUUUUAAAAUGUGUUCACUGUUCACUAUAAAUAUAGCAAAUGGAAAGGGGGAAUACUAACAAUUAUUUUUCUUUAAUAUAAUAUUAUUUAAUUAAUUUUUUUUUCGUACUUUUUAUUCAUCUGUAUUUUUAAAUAAAAAUAACUUAUUUCCUAUUUGAAAAAAAAAUCAGCUAAAAGAUUUUAAAAUCAUUUCAAUACAUUUUAAACGAACUGUACAACCACGUUGAAAAUACUUUUUUAAAUACUCUUGAUUAUAAUAUUUUUACAGUUCUAUAAUAAGACCAUGUUUUGGGGUGUUUGCAAAAAUGAACAAAGUAUUAUAAUUAACAUAAUUUUUAGAGCUAUGUCUUAUAUUUCAAUAUAUUAUAUGUUAUCUAAGUGUAUUGUUCAUUAUCAAAAUGGUAUAUUAAACUAGUAAAAUUAUAAUAGUAUGCAUAUUAAUCAUUUAAUCAAAAAUUUAAGAUAUAAACACAAUUGUAUUUAUUUUUAUUUGUUUUGUUAUCAAUGUAUUACUGAAUAUUUAAUGUUUUUGUCAUAAAUCGCAUACGAUUAUAACUAUUUUCGUUUAAAAUAUGUUUGCGGAAUAUCCCGGAUUAAUGUACUCAAAAGGGGCGAAACAAGUUUAAUUUCAACUGGCCAUAUUAACAUUGCGACAGAAUAAAGAUAGUGUGAGUAGAGUGUAAUGGGGCAAAAUAAAGAGUUAGAUUUUUUUUGUUUGUUUAAAGAAUACAAAUAUUUUCGAGGAAAAACGAAUGCCAUACAUUAAGUCUUUUAUAUAUCCCCUAGUAAUGCAUCGCAGUCGGACACAUUACCUGUGUCUCUAGGGAGCAAAAUGUUUGUAUCACUAACAGAGAGAAUAAGCUCGUAUGAGGCUAAAAGGCCACUGAAAGAAUGACCGUGAUUGAAACCCAGUAAAAUGGAAGUCUUGUAGCUCAAAUUACUCUGAUUGCGAAACAUGUUAAAGAAAAACUACUUUUCACUCGAAACUAUGGGUUGAUGAAAAUUAUUUCACAAGUAACAAAAUUCGAUUUAAGUAAAUAUAAUAUUAUUAUUACUUUUUUUCUGAAGUUUCAUACAAAUACAAGCCAAAAAUUAAUCUUUAAUCAAUUCAUUAGUUGACAUUUUAAAGUUUAAUUAACGUUUCAAUUUCAUGAUAAAAAUUCCGGGACCAAUCAGAUAAAGAUUAUUAUUCGACAUAAAUAGAAAAUUAUUAUUAAAAUGGGAUACGUAAUCAUUAAAAAUGAUUUCAUUUUAUUGUUUCAGUUUUUCGUAUACUUAAGAUGUCUUGUAACAAUAUCAGAAAGAAUAAUAAUACUUAUUCAACUUGUUGUGUGUGUUUAAUGUUUAUAAUAAAUUAUUUAAUAAAUUAAAAAAGCGUAUAAAAUUA